AUGGCGGACGGCUGGGACGCCGAGAAAGUCUUCAACUCUACUAUCUUCGGGUUCACCUACGAUGACCUGAUUCUCAUGCCUGGGCACAUCAGCUUCGGCAUUGAGGCCGUCGACCUGACUGCGCGCCUUACGAAGAAUCUGCAGCUGCGCACUCCGAUCGUCUCCUCGCCCAUGGACACGGUCACGGAGCACCGCAUGGCUAUCGGCUGCGCGCUUAUGGGGGGCAUUGGCGUGAUUCACAACAACAUGGACGUGCAGCGCCAGAUGCAAGAGGUGCAGAAAGUGAAGCGCUACGAAAACGGCUUCAUUCUCGACCCCUUCGUGCUGCGCGCAACCGACACAGUCGCGGACGUCGACCGCAUCAAGGAGCGCUACGGCUACAGCUCUGUGCCGAUUACGGACACAGGCAUGCUCGGCGGGCGGCUGCAGGGCAUCGUGACGAGCCGCGACAUUGACUUCAUCACAGAUCGCAACACGCCGCUUUCUGAGGUGAUGACCUCGGAUCUGAUAGUUGGCUACGAGCCCGUCUCUCUGUCGGAUGCGAACGAGAUUCUGCGCGAGUCCAAGAAGGGCAAACUCCCCAUAGUGAACGACCGCAACGAGCUCAUCGCCCUUAUCUCGAGAAACGACUUGAAGAAAAACCGAGAGUACCCCCUCGCCUCCAAGGACGCCAACAAACAGCUGCUUGUCGGUGCCGCCAUCUCGACCAAGCCGCAGGACCUGGAGCGCGCGCGUGCCCUGCAGGAAGCCGGAACGGACGUGCUUGUCAUCGACAGCAGCCAGGGCGACUCUGUCUACCAAAUCGACUUCGUCAAGCGUCUGAAGGCCGCAUACCCGAAGCUGCAGAUCAUUGGCGGCAACGUGGUCACCGCGCGCCAGGCGAAGAGCCUGAUUGACGCUGGCGUCGACGGCCUCCGCAUCGGUAUGGGAAGCGGCUCCAUCUGCACGACUCAGGUUGUGUGCGCCGUGGGGCGGGCGCAGGCGACUGCCGUUUACCACGUCUGCAAGUACGCGCGCGAAGUCGCCGACGUCCCGUGCAUUGCGGACGGCGGCAUUCAGAACUCGGGUCACGUCAUGAAGGCCCUGGCGCUCGGCGCGAACACAGUGAUGAUGGGUUCGAUGCUUGCUGGCACGGAGGAGGCACCGGGUGAGUACUACUUCCACAAGGGCGUCCGCGUGAAGACCUACCGCGGCAUGGGCAGCUUGGAUGCCAUGCAUGCGCGCACGUUGAUCUCGCCUUCGGCGCCGGUGAAGGGCGGCUUCAUCUCGCCCAAGAUCGCGAGCCAGGGCUCCGCUUCGCGGUACUUCGCUGAAAACCAGACGAUCAAGGUAGCCCAGGGGGUCAGCGGAUGCGUCGUUGACAAAGGUAGCGUCAUGCAGCUCAUUCCCUACGUCAUCCAGGGCGUCAAGCACGGCAUGCAGGACGCCGGCGUCCGCACCCUCAAAGACAUGCAUCUGCAGCUUGCCUCUGGCAACCUCCGAUUCGACGUCAGGUCCGGCGCGGCGCAGCGCGAGGGAGAGGUUCACGAUCUGCACAGUUUCGAACGGAAACUCUACGCGUAG